AUGGAGGUGCCCACCGUCAAAGACUUCCAGUGGAAGCGCCUGGCACCGCUGCCGAGCCGCCGGGUGUACUGCUCCCUGCUGGAAACCGGGGGACAGGUCUAUGCCAUCGGGGGCUGUGACGAUAACGGCGUCCCCAUGGACUGCUUCGAGGUCUACUCCCCCGAGGCCGACCAGUGGACCGCCCUGCCCCCGCUGCCCACGGCCCGGGCCGGCGUGGCCGUCACCGCCCUGGGGAAGCGGAUCAUGGUGAUCGGGGGUGUGGGCGCCAGUCAGCUGCCCCUGAAGGUCGUGGAGAUGUACAACAUCGACGAGGGCAAGUGGAAGAAGAGGAGCUCGCUGCGCGAGGCCGCCAUGGGCAUUUCGGUCACCGCCAAAGAUUACCGCGUGUACGCAGUGGGCGGGAUGGGCCUGGACCUCCGUCCACACAAUCACCUCCAACACUAUGACAUGCUCAAGGAUAUGUGGGUGUCUCUGGCACACAUGCCCACCCCUAGAUAUGCCGCCACCUCCUUCCUUCGAGGCUCCAAGAUCUACGUGCUGGGAGGACGGCAGUCCAAGUAUGCGGUCAACGCCUUUGAGGUCUUUGACAUUGAGACUCGCUCCUGGACCAAGUUCCCCAACAUCCCCUGCAAGCGGGCCUUCUCCAGCUUUGUGACCCUGGAUGACCGCUUGUAUAGCCUGGGGGGCCUGCGGCAGGGCCGGCUCUACCGGCAGCCCAAGUUCCUCCGGACGAUGGACGUGUUCGACAUGGAGCAAGGGGGAUGGCUGAAGAUGGAGCGUUCCUUCUUCCUCAAGAAGCGGCGGGCAGACUUUGUGGCCGGCUCUCUGAGUGGUCGGGUCAUCGUGGCUGGAGGACUUGGGAACCAGCCCACGGUCCUGGAGACGGCUGAGGCGUUCCACCCGGGGAAGAGCCGCUGGGAGGCCCUCCCCGCCAUGCCCACGCCCCGCUGCGCCUGCUCCAGCCUUGUCCUCAGGAACUGCCUACUGGCCGUGGGCGGCGUCAACCAGGGUCUGAGCGACGCGGUGGAGGCCCUGUGUGUCUCGGACUCCUAGCUGGCCCUCGGCCCAGCCACGGCGUCCCGGACUAGACCACACACUCUGGACAAGAGUUGGGGCCGCUUCCCCGGGUACCAGCUCCUGUCUGCAGCCAGUGGGGUCAGGCCCCGGGGCUCUAAGUGACCUCUCCACCUCCAAACCCUACCAACCCGAGGAAGCUGGAAGACGUGUCAGUGACGCGGCCACCCCUCCUCCCCCACUGGAGCCGAGGUGACCAAGGCGGGGAGUCCUCGCUGCUCAGGCAGAGAAAGGUACGGGAGCGCCUGCCGCCUCCCUGCAGUGGGCUCACCUCUGCCAUCUCCUGGGUUCUGACCCAGAGGCUGGCUGCUCACCGCUGUCCUUUCCCUGGCUCUGCACCUGUCCCAGAGUCUCCUGAGAUGGAGAAAAAUGGACAAGGGCCGUCCCAAAGCCCUCUUGCCUCCCUUGGCCUCCGUCUCUUCCCCGCAGGUGGCUGACUGUGGGCCCUCCCUGAACCUCAUCUGCCCAGCAAGAACUGGCCCUUGAGCUGGAGGCGGCGGGCUGGGGAGGGAAGUCGGGUUCGUGGGGGCUGGCCCAGCCUGGCCGCCCUGGCCGGAAAGGACCGGUCCCGCUUGGGGUCCUGGCGGGAAUGUAACGAUGUGGCAGGGGCAGACUGCUGGCCCAGGGUCUGCUCCCCACCCUUCUCCUCACCCCGUUUCUCCUUCGGGCACCCCUCCCCACCAGAGGCCUGGCCCCUGGUCACCAGUGGCCCCAGAGCACUUCCGUGUGAAACUAGCUCGUUUACACUGUGGCAUCCACAUCCGUGAAGGGUGGAUUCGUUGCACUCUGGUUAACCGCAGCAGCACAAUGAUUAAAACCUAUAUUCCU